UCCACUAUCAAAGCCCAACUGCCUCUCUCUCGCUCUCUCUCGACCUCGAUCGGAGCCCUAAAGAGAAGAAAGCGAUAAAGGUAGACGAGGAACAGAUCGGAGAAGGAAGAAGAGCGAAAGUCGCACUCCACUUCGAUUCUCCCUCCUGCCCUCUCUCUCGAUCUCUCGGUACGUCCCUCUUUUCCCCGUCUCUCCCGAUCAACCGAUGGCGAUCGGGUUUCGAUUGGGGUUGGGGCUUUCCGCUUCGCUUCUCGUCGGGAUCCUCGCGGUGGUUCUUGCGGCGGGCCGCGACGGCGUCGUGUUCUUGUCUCGUCGUGAUUUCUUGUUUCUGAUCCUUGGGGUGGGGGUUGUGAGCAGCGUGCUGCUUUAUAUGCUUCCGAGAAAAAGAGUGGUGGGAGCGGAGAACGAAGAGAACCAGGCGGCGGCGGACGAGGAUCAGCUGAAGAAGACGAGGGGGGGCGACCUGAUCUCUUCUUCUGCAGCGAUGGAGGAGGAGAACAGCUGGGCGAACGGGAUGGAGAUCGAUGCGGUUGGGAGCAAGCAGGCUGAGAUCGACGAGGAUCUGCACAGCCGGCAGCUGGCGGUGUACGGGCGAGAGACCAUGCGCCGGCUCUUCGCGUCGAAUGUUCUCGUCUCUGGCCUCCAGGGCCUUGGCGCCGAGAUUGCGAAGAAUCUUGUUCUUGCAGGUGUCAAGUCUAUCACCUUGCAUGAUGAAGGGAAUGUAGAACUGUGGGACUUAUCUGGCAAUUUCUUUUUCUCUGAGGAGGAUGUGGGUAAGAACAGAGCCCUUGCUUGUGUUAUGAAGCUACAAGAGCUUAACAGUGCUGUUACAGUUUCUACCUUGAGCGGAAGUUUGUCUAUUGAGCAGCUCUCUAAUUUUCAGGCUGUUGUUUUUACUGAUUUGAGUUUGGAAAAAGCGACCGAGUAUGAUGAUUAUUGUCAUAAUCACCAGCCUCCAAUUUGCUUCAUUAAAUCUGAAAUUCGAGGACUUUUUGGCAGUGUGUUCUGUGAUUUUGGUCCAGAGUUUACUGUAUUUGAUGUCGAUGGUGAAGAUCCACAUACUGGUAUAAUUGCAUCCAUCAGCAAUGACAAUCCAGCAAUUGUAUCCUGUGUCGAUGAUGAGCGGCUUGAGUUCCAGGAUGGAGAUCUUGUUGUCUUCUCCGAAGUCGAGGGGAUGAUUGAAUUAAACGACGGAAAGCCCAGAAAAAUUAAGAAUGCGAGGCCAUAUUCAUUCACUCUCGAAGAGGACACAACUCAGUUUGGUGUAUACAAGAAAGGUGGUAUAGUUAAACAGGUAAAAGAACCUAAAGUCCUUCGAUUCAAGCCUCUAAGGGAUGCUCUUAAAGAUCCAGGUGACUUCCUUUUGAGUGACUUCUCCAAAUUUGAUCGUCCACCUCUGUUGCACUUGGCUUUUCAAGCCUUGGACAAGUUUAGGCAUGAUAAAGGACGUUUUCCGAUUGCUGGAUCAGAGGACGAUGCUCAACAACUUAUAGAUUUUGCUGUCAAUAUCAAUGAAAGCCUCGGUGAUGGUAAGCUAGAAGAUAUUGACAAGAAAAUUUUACAGCAUUUUGCUUAUGGUUCCCGGGCUGUUUUGAAUCCUAUGGCUGCAAUGUUUGGUGGUAUUGUUGGGCAAGAGGUUGUUAAGGCCUGUUCCGGAAAAUUCCAUCCACUUUUGCAGUUCUUUUACUUUGAUUCACUUGAAUCUCUCCCUGUCGAACCGUUGGAAUCUGGUGACUUAAGGCCUUUAAAUUGUCGGUAUGAUGCUCAAAUCUCGGUGUUUGGAUCCAAGCUUCAAAAGAAACUGGAAAAGGCCAGAGUAUUUAUUGUAGGUUCUGGUGCCCUGGGUUGCGAGUUCUUGAAGAAUCUAGCAUUAAUGGGAGUUUCCUGCUGUCCGAGAGGGAAGCUUACUGUAACUGAUGAUGAUGUCAUUGAAAAGAGUAAUCUUAGUCGCCAGUUUCUUUUCCGUGACUGGAAUAUUGGGCAAGCCAAAUCCACUGUGGCUGCUGCUGCUGCAAUGUCGAUAAACCCGAGUCUCCAUAUUGAGGCUCUUCAGAACCGAGCAAGCCCAGAGACAGAAGAUGUGUUUGAUGAUGCAUUUUGGGAGAGUUUAGAUGCAGUUAUUAAUGCACUGGAUAAUGUAACUGCCAGAAUGUACAUUGAUGGUCGGUGUUUAUACUUCCAGAAGCCACUUUUAGAAUCUGGAACUUUAGGUGCCAAGUGUAACACACAGAUGGUCAUUCCUCACUUGACGGAGAAUUAUGGGGCCUCCAGAGAUCCACCUGAGAAACAGGCACCUAUGUGCACAGUUCACUCUUUUCCCCACAAUAUCGAUCACUGUCUAACAUGGGCCAGAUCUGAGUUUGAGGGUUUGCUUGAGAAAACACCUAAUGAAGUAAAUACCUUUCUAUCUAAUCCAAGUGCAUAUGUUUCGUCAAUGAGAAAUGCAGGUGACGCUCAGGCUAGGGAUCUUAUUGAACAUGUCCUUGAGUGCCUUGAUAAGGAUAGAUGUGAGACAUUCCAAGAUUGUGUUCGCUGGGCACGGCUAAGGUUUGAGGAUUACUUCUCCAAUCGUGUGAAGCAGUUAACUUUUACUUUCCCUGAGGAUGCAGCCACCAGCACAGGUGCACCUUUCUGGUCUGCUCCUAAACGUUUUCCACAACCAUUGCAAUUAUCAUCUAGUGACCCCAGCCACCUUCAAUUUGUCAUGGCUGCUUCCCUUCUUAGAGCCGAGACAUUUGGAAUUCCUGUUCCUGAAUGGGCCAAAAACUCAAAGAAGUUAGCUGAUGCUGUUGAUAAGGUAUUAGUUCCUGACUUUCAGCCCAGGGCAGGUGUUAAAAUUGUAACAGAUGAGAACACUACUAGCCUGUCCGUUGAUUCUAUCGAUGAUGCAGCUGUUAUUAAUGACCUUAUUCCAAAACUUGAAGAGUGUGCCAAGAGGCUGCCCCCAGGGUUUCGUAUGAAUCCUAUUCAGUUUGAGAAGGAUGAUGACACAAACUACCAUAUGGAUUUUAUAGCUGGGCUAGCUAACAUGCGCGCAAGAAACUAUGGCAUUCCAGAAGUUGAUAAGCUGAAGGCAAAAUUUAUUGCUGGUAGGAUCAUCCCAGCAAUUGCCACAUCAACAGCCAUGGCUACUGGUCUCGUGUGCCUGGAGCUUUACAAAGUGCUAGGUGGUGGACAUAAGCUGGAGGACUACAGAAACACAUUUGCCAACCUUGCACUCCCACUUUUCUCGAUGGCCGAGCCGGUUCCUCCGAAGAUGAUGAAGCACCGAGACAUGAGCUGGACAGUAUGGGAUCGCUGGAUUGUCGAGGGUGACCUUACCCUAAGGGAACUGCUUCAAUGGUUCAAGGACAAAGCACUAAGCGCUUACAGCAUUUCUUGUGGUACUUCAUUACUUUACAAUAGCAUGUUUCCCAAGCACAAGGAUAGGAUGGAUAGGAAGGUGGUUGAUCUGGUGAAGGAGGUCGCCAAGGUAGAAGUUCCCUCUUACAGGCGCCAUGUGGAUGUUGUGGUGGCCUGUGAGGACGAGGAGGAUGGCAGUGACGUAGAUAUCCCACUGAUAUCAAUUUACUUCCGGUAGUCUAGCUUGAGAUUAGAAGAAACACAAUUGAAGACUUAAAAUAUUGUCUGUCUAGCUAUUAUAUCUUCCCAAAACGGGUGGUUGUGAAGUUACUUGGCUUUACCACUGUAUUGGAAGCAAAAGCCUGAGACUGUCUCCACUGUAUUUUCUGUUGGUUUAUCUUUCCAUAACUAGUUCUGAAGAACAUAUAAGCAUGGUGGAUAGAAUUAAGUGAUCCAUCUGUUGCAGACAUGUACAUGUCACUCAGAUGCUCCAGCAUGCUGACUGGUGUUACAAUAACCUCAAACCUCAUAGCUCUCAUGCAGCUGCAGGUGUCGCUGUAUUUCCUUCCUUUUUUUUUGAAAUUUUGUGUUCAAUAUGAUGUUAUAUCACUGUUGCACAUGUCAGGUUGGUUAUAUUAGGUCCUUUUUAAAGAUUGAUUAAUACUCCUGAGCAAUUUACCUGGGGAUAUGAUCUUUAUUUUAAUUUAA